UACCAAGAGCGGUAACCCCGAGCUACACUCGGGCUUACCAUGCGGCGUUGCUCAGGGAGUCCCUGCAGCACUUACCUUGUCCUUCGCUCCCACGAUGUGUCCCCUGCAGCGUCCCCCGGCCAUCUCCUCCGGCCGAUGCCGGCAUCCGGCUUCCGUGUUCCGGUCCCUGUGAUGUCGGGACGUACGGGCACCGGAACCAGCGGCAAAUUUGAAAUUUUUAAAAAAUUUCAUUUUUUUAAAAAUGAUUAUUACAUAUGCUUUGUCCUGUCCCCUGCCUGCAUUUUGACUGUUCUUUCU